ACCAAUGGGCGGCCUCCCCGCCCCGCCCUCCCCGCGGCGCCGACCAAUGGGAGAGCGAGGCGGCGGCGUUUGAAAGCGCCGCGCGGGGGGGGGGGGCUCCAACGGCCGGUGAGGGAGGGCACGGCGGGGCUGUCAUGGCGCACAAACAGAUCUACUACUCGGACAAGUACGACGACGAGGAGUUUGAGUACCGGCACGUGAUGCUGCCCAAGGACAUCGCCAAGCUGGUGCCCAAGACCCACCUGCUGUCGGAGUCGGAGUGGCGGAACCUGGGCGUGCAGCAGAGCCAGGGCUGGGUGCACUACAUGAUCCACGAGCCAGGUGAGCCCCGCGGGGUUGCGGGCGGCGCCGCGGCGGCCCGGCCUGACCCCCUCUCUCGCCCCGCAGAGCCCCACAUCCUGCUCUUCCGACGGCCGCUGCCCAAGAAGCCGGAAAAGUGAGUGGCCCCUGCCCCGCCGAAGCUCUCAGUCGUUCCACGCUGAGAAAACACCUUCCUCCUCUCCUCGGCAUUUCCCGGGGGCUUCACCCCCUGACCCUCGGCGCUGCCCGGGCGGCGUUUUGUCGGCUCGGCCCCGCUUCUCGCGGGCCCUUCCCGCGGCGAUGCCUCCGAAGCUUCAAUAAAGUGAUGUUUGGGAGCUGUCUGUCUGCA